GCUGUGUUCAGCUAAAAAAGGGUUUGGAGGAAUGGAUGCGACGGCUAAACACGCGACAGCUAAAAUAGCGGUGUGGUGGGACAUGAAGGAUUGUCCGAUUCCGGAGAAUUAUGUUAGUGGUCUGAUCCGAUCGAGUAUAGAAGGGAAGUUCGAGGAACGAGGCUACUUUGGUCCAGUCACCAUCACUGCCUAUGGCGACCAAACACAAAUCUCGGAUUACAAAUUGCAAGGGCUCUGGACCGCUGGAAUCUCUGUAGUACAUACCAGAUCCGAAAGCAGACACUACCACAUGUAUCGUGACAUUGUGGAAUGGCGAGGUCAGAAUCCACCUCCAGCUACAAUGAUGAUCAUAUCAGAUGAGGUGCAAGGUGUCUUCGAUUGGGACCUGCUCCGGCUACAACAAAGGACGCUAUACAACCUUUUUUUGGCUUAUUCAGAAGGGUGUCAGGCAGGUGUUAUCCUCCACACAAGUGCAGAGUGGUCCUGGAGAGAAUUACUAUAUGGUAGUAAAAGCCGACGAUUUGGUUUUCAUUAUCCCAAGUUGUAUUGCUACUCGUGCAAUUUCGAUUGCAAUUUCAAUUGCCGAACCCUUACGAAAUUCAAGAAGCAUCUCUCGAGUUUUAAACAUAUACGCCAAGAGGAUGUAAACCCUACGUACGAACAGGUGGCAUGUGUCACGAAAGACUGGGGAAGGAACUACAAGGCUACGCCUGAAUACGCGACAGCUAAAAUACAGGUGUGGUGGGACAUGACGACUUGUCCCAUUCCCGAAGGUUAUGAUCCUCGUCGGGUCCGUCCAAGUAUAGAAGCAGCAUUCAAGGAACUAGGCUACUCUGGUCCUGUCUCCAUCACUGCCUUUGCCGACCAUAAUCAUACUCCCCUGCAAGCUCUCUCUUCCACUGGCAUCGAUGUUGUACAUGUCGUUCCCCGUUUCACAUACAUUUCUACAGAUGUGUUCAAUUGGCAUCAUAAUAACCCUCCUCAGGCUGCUGCUAUAAUGAUGGUCAUAUCGGAUCAAGUGGAUUGGAUUAAACAUUGUCUUGUCGGUCUACUACAAGCGAAUAAUUACAUCCUUUUCCUGGCUUAUUCAUUUAGGCCUUCCAAAAAGUCAUUCCUGCUCACUUCUGGAGAGUGGCUCUGGGAAGACCUACUUGCAGUUUCAGAGAAAAGAGCACAAUUUCUUCAGAAAUGCAGUCUUCUUCAGAAGUGCAGCAGUGAAAGUGAAAGCGGUGGUGAACCUACCGCAACGUUUUAUUGCAAAUUAUGCAGCUUUGAUACCAAAAGCAUUGAUAAUUACAGGACACAUCUCUCAACUGAUGAAGAACAUGCAAAAGAAGAGAAGAGAAUUCCUGCGUAUUAUAAUUCUAAAAUUAAGGACAACAGGCGAUCCCGAGUAGCUCAUUACAAUCGAAAUCAUUUGCGAGAGGUAAAAGAAUAUCGAAAGAGCGAGAGGAAACGUAUGAAGAAAGCAAUCCGGACUGGUUUUGGACUUCUACAUAAUCAGUUACGUCGACGUUAAUCUCAAACCUAGAUCUGGUGGUCUAAGGCUUGUUACUCAAGUUAUCACAAACAACUCAUUGCUUUUCCUUUCUAGUAUCUAUGUUGCUGCUGCUUGUUUAAUACAAUGGUUUUAUCUUUUAUUAUUCACUAAUUUAAUGUUAUUCACUGAUUAUGGUACUGUUUAGUAGUUGUUUUCAUUUUUGGAUUCC